AUGCGAAUGGUUCGUUCGCUUGAUGUACCAAUCAGAUCUACCGUGGACACUUCCAGUGGACCACCGCUAUACUGCCGUGAAACACUCGAACAAUGCAAAACCAGUACUGAGGAUUCGACUGAGUCUGGUUGGGUUGAACAUCAGACGCAAGAUGACAUUUCCUUCAUGUCUGAAGAUCCCACAGUAUCUACCGAGAUCCCAAAUGACGAGCGGAAUAACGGUGAACUUGUCCCAGUGUCCGAUCAAACGUCUAAUAUACCGGACGAAUCAAUAGAGCCGAAAUGCACUGAUCCGACUAAUUCGGCCGUUCCGGCGAUUCUUUCAGAACCAGAUGACAAGGUAAUUGCUCCUUGUCCCGUUCGUGGUAGACCUAAAUCAUCCAAAUUGGGUUGUGCCGACGCACCGAUGUGUUGGUACUCUCCCGCAUUGGAACCUAUCACGGAAUACUCGGAAAAUUCCGUCCCAACCGAUUCCAUACCCCCGCUCACCACGGGGACCAACAUUACCACAGUCACCAAUAACAGAAAUGGGAGUUCAAAGCACAACGCUGAGUGUACGCAGAUCGCCAAUGCUGAUCUCAUGCAAAAGUUCCGUUCAUUAGAGAAUGCAGUGGACGAAGUCGAAACAAAUCAGGCAUGGGUCGCAACCCAGUUGAGCCAGUUCCGACAGACACUCACCAUGACUAGUCCCCUGGACGAUGCCGCAACGGUCCGGAAUAGACUAGAGCAGAUCGAUCAGCUGUUAGAAACACUGGCUCUGUUGGGUGCCCGACUGCGUAACCUCGAACAGCACGUCAAACAGGCGUGGAGCGAUCUACCCGUA